GAUCCAUCCCUUGCCGCCCAGGCCGACUGCCGCACGCCGCCAUGGCCCGUCCCUUCUCACUCAUCAUCCGGUCCAGGACUGCUUUGCCUGUUCACAUUUAUCCCAUCGUGGCUUUGAUUUGUGACUGUGGCAAGGUCAACCCUUGAGAGGCUGCAAAAGGCAGCUGCUCGUCAUUGUCAGCCGCCCUUGUCCAUGAUCCACUUCCAGCUUCUCAUUGUUCCGUAUUCUUUGCUUAUGCCGGCCAGACCGCCUGGUCUGCUGCUGGGCUGUAACAUGCCUUGGUCGCUCUUGAUCCAUCGGGCAAUUGACAACCGGGAUGCGAUACCUGAGGGGCUACGAACGCCGAAGCGACAGCACUCUUCUCGCUUCGAUAUUUCCAUCCACAGAGAGCUCGAGCACCUUCCAAGUUUCCACGAAGUGCCUCCGAACCGACGGCAGGAGCUGUUUAUGCAAAAGAUCGACCAGUGCAACGUCAUCUUCGACUUUAACGACGCGAGUAGUGAUGUGAAAUCCAAGGAGAUCAAGGGACUUGUUCUCCAUGAGCUGCUCGACUAUGUUGCUCACAACAGGCAAGUCAUCAUGAAGUCCAUGUACCCGAGAGUGGUCGACAUGUUCGCCAGGAAUCUCUUUCGACCUAUCCCGCCCUCAAUGAACCCCCAAUGCGAGAUAUUCGAUCCAGAGGAGGACGAGCCAGUUCUGGAGGUUGCUUGGCCGCAUAUCCAGGUUGUUUACGAGUUCUUCCUGCGCUUCAUCGAGAGCCAGGAUUUCAAGACAAACAUUGCCCAGGCCUUCAUCGACCACAGCUUCGUGCUUCAGCUUCUGGAACUCUUUGACUCCGAAGAUCCCCAUGAGCGAGACUUUUUGAAGACAACGCUUCACUGCAUCUACAGCAAGUUCCUCAAUCUACGAUCCCUCAUCCGACGGUCUAUCAACAACAUCUUCUUCCAAUUCACCUACGAAACCCAAAGAUUCAACGGCAUAGCCGAACUACUCGAAAUUCUUGGGUCCAUCAUCAACGGCUUCGCUCUGCCCUUGAAGGAAGAACACAAGACCUUACUGACUCGCGUGUUACUCCCUCUCCACAAGCCCAAUAUCCUAAGCAAGUACCAUCCUCAGCUUGCUUACCGCAUCGUUCAAUUUCUGGAAAAGGAUGCAUCACUCACUGAAGACGUGAUCCUCGGGUUAUUAGGCUACUGGCCCAAGGUCAACGGCACAAAAGAGGCCAUGUUCUUGAAUGAAGUCGAAGACAUCUUCGAGGUCAUAGAUCCUGCCGAAUUUGGCAAAGUUCAGGAGCCUCUCUUUCGUCAACUUGCUAAAUCUGUUGCUAGUCCACACUGUCAAGUCGCCGAACGUGCACUGUACUUCUGGAACAACGAAUGCUUCUGCAACCUCGUCAGUGACAAUGUGGAGAUCAUCCUUCCAAUCAUGUUUGCGUCCCUUUACGAGAAUUCCAAGGGCCAUUGGAACAGGACGAUCCGUGGCAUGGCGUAUGAUGUCAUGGCUUCAUUUAUGGAGAUUAGCCCACAAGCCUUUGACGACUGUUCGCACCACUACACGGAACAGCAAAACAGUGCGGCGACGCGAGAAGCCAUUAGGGAACGCAAGUGGGCAAUUCUGGGUGAAAAAGCUAAUCAACGAAGAGCACUGUUGGAUGAGAUAAUUUGACCAGCUUGAUUCUAAAUUUGGGAGUAUCUCAGAUCGCUUCGGCCGCAAAUUUGAUGCUGUUGGGCUUUUGAGUGUAUUGGGCGAUGUAUCUCAGCGCUGCUUUCUAGCUACUUGAUAGUCUGGUUCUGGAAACUCGUAUAUUGAAGUGCCAUUGACCUAUAAUCCUUACUUUACCUCGAC